AUGUCCUGGCUCAAGUUACACAACCCUACUAUAGACUGGCCUAACAAGCGUAUUACUUUUAAUUCUCAAUAUUGUAACAACACUUGUCUUUCUGUUUCUAAUUCUAUCCUGGGAAAUGUCGGUGGGACUUCUAACCACCUUGAAGGCAUACCAGAAGACUUAGGAGGUGUUGAGGUAAUUGAACCUCUUGAAGGCAUCCCUAGGGAAACUGGAGGUACUGUGGAUUCUCCACUUGAAAGUAUCCCAGUAGAACUGCGCAAUUUUGCGGAGGUAUUCUCUGAGGACAUGAAGGUGACGGAACUGCCGCCGCACCGUCCUUUUGAUUUAGGGAUUGAUUUAAUCGAUCCUGAUAAACCUGUUAAGGCUAUGGUAUACCCCUUGAAGGCAUCUGAUGAUGAGGAACUUAGAAAACUCCUUAAAGAACAAUUGGACAAAGGAUUGAUUCGCCCAUCCAAGUCCAAAUAUGGUUCCCCAGUUCACUUUGUCAACAAGAAAAAUGGGAAAAGGCGUAUGGUUGUGGAUUAUAGAUCCCUAAAUGCAAAUACAGUCAAGAAUGCGUACCCUCUACCUCUAAUACAGUCUCUCAUUGAGAAACUAAGGGGCGCAAAAUACUUUUCCACCAUUGACCUGAAAUCUGGAUAUAACUUGGUCCGGAUAAAGGAAGGUGAUGAAUGGAAAACUGCGUUUAAAACCAAAUAUGGCCUGUUUGAAUACCUAGUCAUGCCCUUUGGGUUAUGCAACGCUCCUGCUGCAUUUCAGCACUUCAUGAAUGAGAUAUUUAGGGACAUAUUGGACGUCUAUGUAGUAGUAUAUCUAGACAACAUCCUAAUAUUCUCAGAAAGCAGGGAACUACACACAAAACAUCUCCAAGAGGUACUGAAAAGGCUGCAAGACAACGCAUGCUACUGUAACCUGGAGAAGUGUAAUUUCUAUGCAUCUGAAGUAGAUUACCUUGGUGUCAUUGCCAAUGGUGAAGGAGUGAAAGCAGAUCCCAAGAAAAUCACUCAAGCGGUUGAUUGGGCAACACCGCGCUCUGUCAAAGGGGUUCAAGAGUUUUUGGGCUUUAUAAAUUUCUAUAGACGCUUCAUACAUAACUUCUCAAAAUUGGCACAACCCUUAUACCAACUACUCCAAAAGAAUACACCUUGGGAGUGGGGUGAACGCCAAGAAGUGUCUUUUAAAGCUCUUAAACAGGCUCUAAUUGAAUCCCCUGUCUUAAUCCAACCCGAUCCAUACAAGGAGUUUUUCCUUGAGUGUGACUGUUACAAUCCCCUAACAUAUACCGUUGAACUCGCACGAUUUUUCUCAUAUUUUUAG